AUUCACAGCAGGGGUAAUAAAGAGGGAAAGGAUGAUACCCUUUGAGCGUUUACUGUGGCGAGCCUGCAGGGGGAACAUCUACCUGAGGUACACCGAAAUGGACACCCCCCUGGAGGACCCUGUGACGAGAGAAGAAGUGAAGAAGAAUGUGUUCAUUAUCUUCUAUCAAGGAGAGCAGCUUAAACAAAAAAUCAAGAAGAUCUGUGAUGGAUUUCGUGCCACAGUCUAUCCCUGUCCAGAAUCUGCCACCGAGCGCCGAGAAAUGCUUGAUGGAGUCAACACAAGGAUUGAGGAUUUAAACACAGUGAUAACACAAACCGAGUCCCACCGCCAGCGACUGCUGCAUGAGGCAGCAGCCAAUCUGUGGUCCUGGGGGAUCAAGGUGAAGAAAAUCAAGGCCAUCUACCACAUCCUGAAUUGCUGUAACAUCGACGUCACCCAGCAGUGUGUCAUUGCAGAGAUCUGGUUCCCAUUGGCUGAUGCUGGCCGGAUAAAGAGAGCUCUCCAUCAGGGAAUGGAGCGCAGUGGCUCUACUAUUGCCCCUAUCCUGACCGCCAUACACACCAGGAUGGCACCACCCACCUUCAACAGGACCAACAAGUUUACAGCUGGAUUUCAGAACAUUGUGGAUGCAUAUGGUGUGGGCAACUACAGGGAGAUGAACCCAGCUCCAUACACUAUCAUUACCUUCCCCUUCUUAUUUGCGGUGAUGUUUGGAGAUUGUGGCCAUGGUGCUGUCAUGCUGGGCUUUGCACUCUGGAUGGUCAUUAAUGAGAAGAGCCUUCUUGCCCAGAAAAGCACUAAUGAGAUCUGGAACACCUUUUUCAGCGGGCGCUACCUGAUCCUGCUCAUGGGCAUAUUCUCCAUGUACACUGGCUUCAUCUACAAUGACUGCUUCUCCAAAUCGUUCAACAUCUUUGGCUCUUCCUGGCAUGUUAUCCCUAUGUUUAAAAAUAGCACUUGGAAUAAGGAUGUGCUUCUGGACAAUACGGUUCUGCAGUUGGAUCCAGCAGUCCCGGGAGUCUACUCUGGAAAUCCAUAUCCAUUUGGAAUAGAUCCGAUCUGGAAUGUUGCAUCGAACAAGCUGACUUUCCUGAACUCCUACAAAAUGAAGAUGUCAGUUGUCAUAGGGAUUGUACACAUGAUUUUUGGGGUGGUACUCAGUCUCUUCAACCACAUCUACUUCAAGAAAUACAUAAACAUUAUCCUUCAGUUCAUUCCAGAGAUGAUUUUUAUUGUCUCUCUUUUUGGCUACCUGGUCUUCAUGAUUAUUUUCAAAUGGUGUCAUUUUGAUGUCCACUCAUCCCAGAGUGCACCGAGCAUCCUCAUCCACUUCAUCAAUAUGUUUCUGUUCAAUUACAGUGAUUCUUCAAAUGCUCCAUUAUAUCUGCAUCAGAAAGAAGUUCAGAGUUUCUUGGUCAUAUUUGCUCUGAUUGCUGUUCCCUGGAUGCUUCUAAUUAAACCUUUCAUCCUCCGAGCCAACCACCAGAAAGCGCAGCGCAUGAUACGAUCUCAAGCCAUCUCAGGAAACCCUCAAGCUGAAAAUGAGGUAGAUUUCCCAGAGACCAGUCACUCCAAGAAAGCUUCCCAGGGAGACCACAGUGGUGGCCAUGGAGGACAUGAGGAUAAUGAUGAAGAGUUCAAUUUUGGAGACACAUUUGUCCACCAAGCUAUCCAUACCAUUGAAUACUGCCUUGGCUGCAUCUCCAACACAGCGUCCUACUUGCGGCUCUGGGCGCUGAGCUUAGCCCAUGCACAACUGUCAGAGGUCCUUUGGACCAUGGUGAUGCACAAUGGGUUCAACAACAGCAGCUGGGCAGGCCUCAUCAUCAUCUUCAUCAUCUUCGCGGCAUUUGCAGUGCUGACAGUAGCCAUCCUGCUUGUCAUGGAGGGGCUGUCAGCCUUUCUGCAUGCCUUGCGUUUGCACUGGGUGGAGUUCCAAAACAAGUUCUACGUGGGAGCUGGGUACAAAUUUUCUCCAUUCUCCUUCAAGUACAUCAUCGAUGGCACCGCAGAAGAGUGA